AUGAUACUUGAAUCUAAAUAUCCAAAUAUAAAAAUUCCACCAAUAGGAAUUUAUCAAUAUGUUACUAGUAAUCCAAACAAGAUUUCCGAAGAUAAGGUUAUCUAUGUCGACGGAAUUACUGAUAAAAGUUACACUUUUGGCGAAUUUAAGCAUGAAUCUAAAAAGUUUGCUGCAGGAUUGCAAGACAGAUUAGAAUUUAAACGUGGGGAUGUUUUGGCGAUAUUUUCACCUAAUCAGGUUGAUUAUCCUACUGUACUCUUGGGAACCAUUGCAGCUGGAGGCAAAGUAACAACAGUUAACCCAAAUUACAAAACAACUGAAUUAUCUUAUCAACUAAUCGAUUCAGGUGCAUCGGUUCUAAUUGUACAUCCAGAAGUUCUUGAAAUUGCUAUGGAAGCUUUAAUCGAUGUAAAAACUCCUACCUUCAGGGUAUUAUUGUUUGGUGAUAAAGAAAUAAAAGGAUAUAAACCUUAUCGUUCUAUUUUAAUUGGUAAUCGUGAAAUUGAGCCAGUUUAUUAUACUCCUGAAGAAGCAAAGUCAACAACUGCUUAUUUGAUUUACAGUUCUGGAACAACCGGAAAGCAAAAAGGUAUCGAACGUACUCAUACAAAUGUGGUUGCUCAUUUAUCUCAAGCAAUUAUUGCAAAUUGUAAUCUUGGGCCACACAGUAUAAUUAUGUGUGUCACACAAUUUUUCCAAGGCUAUGCGUUGUUUAAUAUUCUUCAUUGUGCCUUAAUUCAUGGUGCAACCGCAAUCAUUCAUUCAAGUUUCAAUAUAGAAACGUUUUGUGAAUCAAUUCAAAAAUAUAAAAUUAACCAUAUUUACGCUGUGCCGCCAACUAUACUUAAACUUGUCAAUGAUCCAUUGGUUCAACAAUUUGACUUAUCAAGUGUGGAGAUAUUUAUAAGUGCAGCAGCUUCAUUAAGUGAUAAAUUGGAAAGAAAAUUUUAUGAAAUCUUUAAAAUACCAAUUUGGCAAACUUACGGUCUUACUGAAACGUCUUCAAUAUUUCGACAUUCUCCUAAUACAAUGAAGAACGCAGCUCCUGGCUCUGUUGGAUUUCUUCUUCCAAAUAUGAAGGUUAAAAUAUUAUCAGAUGAUGGUCGCGAAUUGGGAUAUAAUGAACCUGGAGAAUUAUGGGUUCACGGUCCAAAUAUUAUGAAGAGUUAUCUUAAUAAUAAAGAAGCUACAGAUGCUGUAUUUGACAAAAAUGGAUUUUUCAACACAGGAGAUAUUGUAUCCGUUGAUGAACAAGGGAACUGUUUUAUCGUUGAUCGUAAAAAAGAGUUGAUAAACUACAAGGGUUUUCAAGUGUCACCUUCCGAACUAGAAUCAAUUCUUCUUACACAUGAUGCAGUAUCAGAUGCAGCAGUAAUAGGAUAUUAUUCUGAAAAAGAAGCAACAGAAAUUCCUACAGCAUAUGUCACAAUUAAAAACGAGUAUGAGCAAUCUCAAGCUUUAGCAAAGGAAAUUCAAUCUUUUGUAGAUGAAAAGGUCAUAUCGUAUAAAAAAUUAGGAGGUGGUAUAUUUUUUAUUGAUAAAAUUCCGAAAAAUACAUCUGGUAAAAUUCUAAGAAAAGUGUUAAAAGAGAAAUUAAAAAAGGAUAUUAAUGAAUAA